UCUUUAUUUCACUUCAUAUCAUUCCAUGCAUAUGUGAAAGUAAAUGUUUCUCGUUUUCUAUUCCCUCGUGCUUUGCCUUUCUCUCUUUUAAUUGAAAAAAGAUUGAUUUUUGAAAGGAUUUUUAAGCAUCGCGUGCUCUCUCUGUGUGAAAAUUAUAUGCAUUGACCCUCUUUUUUGUAUAAAACUUUGAAUUUUCCCUCCUUUUAAUGCACUAAGCUGAAUUUGUGAUUGAGCUUCAUAUGAAAAGAAAAAUUGUGAUUAUAGAGGUGAAUUGCAUAGGUUGAUUGAAUGAUUUAGAAAAAAAUGGGUGGUGGAAUUGGGGGAGGGAGGGUGGAGGUGAUUGAUGCUAAGGGGUGUUCAAGGAUGUUCAUGGAUAUUUCUUCCUCAUUCAGAGGAAUCCCCACAUUUUGUUUGGAGCCUCCGUCUCCAGCUACCGCUGCUGUGUCUGAAACUCCGGUUAAAACUGUGAAAAGGAAAGGUCCUUUCUCCGGCCUUGUCAUUUGCGUGCCGGGGCUCUCUAAGGAAACACGGAAGCAGGUGAAGGAAGCAACGGAGGGAUUGGGAGGUCAAUAUAGUCCUCAUCUCCAUCCUCACUGCACCCACUUGGUGGUUCAGAGCUUUCAUGGACGUAAGUUUGAGAACGCUAUGCAACACGGAACUCCCAAGGGCUUACUCCUGGUAACAAUUGGGUGGUUUGUGGAUAGUGUCAAGAGGAAUGUUAGGCUGAAUGAAACACUGUACAGUGUUAAUAGCAUCGAAGAUAAUGGUUUAGCAAUUAAAGACUUGAAACGGCUUGAUCAGAACUCUGGUGCUGAAAAUUCGUGUCUGCCUUCUGAUUUGCUGAAGCAUACUAAACAACCCGACUACUGUGGAGCUCCUGGCUCCCAGUUUCCAGAGAGGGAGAGAAAAAGACACUCUACUUCAUCAUCCUUUUCCGGUCAAACCUUUUACGUUGAUGUUGAUGUACCAGCAGAGCUUCACAGUAAGGUUUCUGAGGCUCUCUGUGCUGAAGGUGCUAUCUUACUAGAUCAAUGGUUUGUUGGCUGCAAUGCUACUUAUGUAGUAUGCGAAGGACCUUCUGUGCAAAAAUAUAUGCGACAUUCGACCAAUGCUGUAACACCGCUAUGGGUUCUAAAGUCUGCAAAAGAAAAAUGUCUUCACAGACUCGUCCAUUUAUCGGCCGAUCUAGCCAGGUAUACUGGAGCUAGAGUUGAUAACUCCAGGCAUGGUGUUUCCCAUGAGGGUGCGAGUAUGGUGACUUGUUCUGCCGAUAAAAUCAGCUAUGAAGAGAGGCGAAUGAAGGUGAACCUAGCCAAAGAUGGCGUAAGAAAGCGUCGCAACAAUCAAAUGCAGACAUGUCAAACUCCAAUACGCCCGAUAACACCAGCCAGUCUUUUGGAUUCGAUUAGCUGGUUGAUAUCUGAGCCAACCUCAACUGCUUCCAUUAAUACGGAGUCCUCAAAUGUCGAGAAUGGUGUUGAAGACCAGCCACCCGUGUUCUUUGAUGCAAAAAAGGAGAGAAAAAAAUCCGAGGCUUCGUUUGUGAACUUGUCUCGACCCCUCACAGAAAGCAUGAAGUCCGAGUUAAUACUAAAAGGACGUUUCCUCACGAUCAUGUUCCCUGUCGACCGGUUCUCUGAGAUGGGCCCUUGUGCAAGAACAUUCUUCAGCAACAAAGGGUUUACAUGUAUGCAGGUGUUGGAUUAUAUCUAUGCAUUUUACCAGGAGAAUAUGUCUAGUGAGGAAAUAGAACUUGCCAUCUACACAGGCUCGAGACACGCUGACCGGCUCAGGUCCAUCUACUCGAGCAAGGAAACUGCAAAGCGCGGCUAUGUAGAAUUUAGACGGAUUGAUUUUCUUGGCAGUCGGAGAAGUUUUGAAAUGUUGAAACGCGUAAAAGGCGACAAUAACAGUAACCUCUACGAGUUAUUGAUCCGAGCAUGAGCUCCGUGUUCUUGGCAUUCGUCUCCUCUGCUGAGGGAUCCAACUAGUUUCUGCUAAAGUAUUAACCAGUUUGAAACAAGGGACAUACAUAUGUUGUGCAUAUGAUUUAGAAGAUACAACAAUGCCACCCUUGUUGUAUUUCACAUUGUCAAUAUAGACAUGUAUUAAUUUGAUUACUGGCCUUAAAUUUACUGUCAAAUUUCUAUUUUGAGAAUGGUUAUAUGGCAGCUUGAGAGUUUGUUAAUAGAGAUUGAUUUAUAAAUUUCUAUAUUACGUUUUAUUUGUGUUUAA